AUGCAUCCUUCAACGCCGAAUAACAACUCCAAUUCCAACGAAAGCAAAGGCAGCAAUAGCAACAAUAACGUUGACACUAACGACGAACGUGACUACAACAUCAACAAUGAUGCCAGUGAUGACCGCCAACGUCCUACAGCACAACCAAACAAUGAUGUGCCGAUGGAAGACAUUGACGCUGAUCAGGAGACUACUCAACGCACUGCUUCCAAUACCUUCAGAGCUACCUACAACAUUACAGUGGUUCAAGAAAGGAGCAUGAAACCAUUUUCUUCUUCCUCGACGACCCUGUCGACCACCACACCACCGUCGUCGACAAUGAUCAUGGCCGAUGAGCCAAAAACAGGGCAACAAAUGGGCGCUUCUCCGGACGCACUAAACGAGUGCGCAAAGAUUAUCAUCGGUGAGGCGCUAGACAUCAUGGAUGGAAAGUAUGACAACGUGUUUUAUGCCAUGAAAUCACAGCAGUAA